CACCGAGACUUGCAUAUCUCUUGCAUCAAAUUGCUAGUCGAUCUGCAAGUUCUCGUGUGGCUGAACUUCAACAACGUCUAUUGAGCUAAGACCAAGCGAUGCAUGGUCCAUUUGCAUGACACAGGGAGUUAGCGAUUAUAUUCGGCAUGGAGUUAGGUAACCAAGUUUCCCGGAAAUGGCUUUCCAAUCUUUCUGUUAAGGCAAACUAAGGUCUUUCUGAUGGCUCGAUGCUUCCACAUUGGCUACUUUAUCCGAUGGAAACAAGGCACAGGCUGGGCAGCUGGACCUAAAAAACAUUGGCAGAAAUGCCGGAAGCGGUACGGCUCAGAGGCCGCAAAGAUGCAGUAAGUAUAUCAACCUUUGAGCAUCUUCCUUCAUUCUCCUAUAUCUUCCUAUGGAAAUGCCGUAUUUGCUUUAACUGGUCCUCUCCUGCGUUUUUCCUUCACUAUAUCGAUUCAUAUUAAGCAAAUACCGAAACUCAUACAAUUAUGCGGUCGUUACUACUUUUGGUCUCAACACUCCUUACCUCCUCAUUUGCCCUUCAGCUACCUUACGAUCAUAUAUUAUGGGGACCUGGCGGUUUAGCAAGCGGUGGCUUCGUCCGUCGGCAAGCUAAUACCACGUCAAGCGCGGCUCCAACUACGACGAGUAGAGCGCCUGAUUCUUCUUGCAAGAAUGGUCCUUUGACAAGGAGUUGCUGGUCGAAUGGAUUUAGUAUCGCUACUGAUUUUGACGAGAAAUGGCCAAACACCGGGAAGACAGUCUAUUAUACGCUGGAACUGAGAAAUACGACCUGUAAUCCGGAUGGGAAUGGGGACCGCACUUGUCUGCUCUUCAACAAUCAGCUCCCCGGUCCAACAAUCAUCGCAGAUUGGGGAGAUACCGUUGCUGUGACCGUGAAGAAUCUCUUGCCUGAUAACGGCACCUCGAUCCACUGGCACGGAAUCCGUAUGCUAAACACAGUCACAGAAGAUGGAGUCAAUGGCAUAACCGAAUGCCCUCUUGCACCGGGUGACACCAAGAUCUACACGUUCCGAGCUACACAGUUUGGCACAACAUGGUACCACAGCCAUCACAGUGCGCAAUACGGCGACGGCGCUGUCGGCACCGUCAUCAUCAAUGGCCCUGCUGCGGCAAACUAUGACAUAGAUCUGGGCACGUACUCUGUCACGGAUUGGUACUAUCCCACCACAUUUCAAAUCAAUGCCAUUGCCCAUCAAAACCUACAGGUUCAAGCACCGCCGCCACCAGGGGACACGAUCUUGAUUAACGGCACGAACAAGCACCCUACUUCAGGCGGUGGGAGCUAUAACAAAGUCAAGCUGACCCCAGGAAAGAAGUAUCGCUUGAGAUUAGCGAACACGUCAGUCGACAGUAACAUUCGAGUGUCACUGGACGGGCAUAAAAUGAAGAUUAUCACUGGAGAUUUUAUUCCAGUUCAGCCAAUUGACAGAGAAUGGAUAUUACUCGCCAUAGGGCAACGGUAUGAUGUUGUUAUUCAAGCUAACCAGCCUGUUGGGAACUACUGGUUCCGCGCUAUCGCCGCAGCACCAUGUGCAUCAGCGAAUCGAUUCUCUGCGCUGAGCAUAUUCCAGUACGAUGGAGCGCCGAACGCCGAUCCAACCACGACCGGUUUUACGGUACCGACUACCUGCGCCGACGAAGCUCCGCUGGUUCCGUGGGUCAAGAACAACGUGCCUUCCGAGUCCUUCAUUUCCCAGGCCCAGAACUUGGAUGUGGACCUGGGUCGACAGCAGGUAACCACUAACGGCGAGAGCAUUGUUGUCUGGGCCGUGAACAUGACGGCUAUUGACGUUCAAUGGGAGAAGCCAACCUUGCAGUACCUGAUCGACGGGAACACCGACUACCCCCAAGUUUCCAACCUGAUCGAAAUCCCCGCCGGUCAACAAUGGACCUUCUGGAUCAUCCAAGAGACAGGCGGCACCGAGACACGAGUCCCAAUCCCCCAUCCCAUGCAUCUUCAUGGUCACGACUUCUACAUCCUCGGCAGCGGCCAGGGCAUCUUUGACAAAAACGUCAACGUCGCCGACCUCAAGUUCGAUAACCCUGACCGCCGCGAUGUCACGUUCCUCCCAGGAGGCGGAUGGGUCGUGGUCGCGUUCCCGACCGACAACCCGGGUGCGUGGUUGAUGCACUGUCAUAUCGCGUGGCAUAUCGGCGAAGGACUUGGCGUACAGUUCUUGGAGCGGAAGAGUGAGAUCACUCUGCCUGGAUCGGCAUGGCAGCAGACCUGCACGAACUGGAAGACGUACUACAACGGAAAUCCGGCUUGGCUGAAGGAUGAUUCGGGGCUGUGAGGUGAUAUCGACGGCAGGGGGGCGCUGCAGAGCAUAAAAUAUUGGUGUCUGAUAGGUUUCUGAUGCAUUAAUAACCGGCCGCAAUUACGGUAGACGAUGACAGAGCUGAGCAGAGGGAGUAGCGCACAAUGGAUUCUUGCUCUUAUUGUACAUUUGUACUCGAUGGAGGAAGGCAUAUAUACUAACCUAGCAAUAUAACCC